GAGAGGGGCGUGCUGGAGGCAGCUCCGGGCUGGCUGGCCGGCUGGCCCUGUGCUGGGCGGCCUUAAAGGGGACUCGCGCCUUGGGCCGGCCAAGUGAAAUCCCAGGCCGGCGGACGGGGAAGAGUCUGCGGCCGGUCUCUAGCUGCUGGUCCUAGCCAAGCGAUCGGGGAUUCUGGCCGAGAGGCGGGGCGGCCCUCCCCAACGGGAGGAGCCUCUUUCGAACCCAGCUCCCGGGAAAUGCCCAGCGGGGAACUGGAGGAUCCCCAGCUUCCUUAGAAUCUGGAAGGCUUGAGUGAGCGCCUCCGACGCCUGCCUGCUGCCUGCCUGGCCAGCCUGCGGCGGGGAGAGGGGACGGGGGGGACACGCCGAUGAUGUACACCAUCACCAAGGGCCCGAGCAAGCUAGCCACGCAGAGGAGGACAGGUCCCACGCAGCAGGUGGAGAGCAAACUGGUCGAUCUGAAAUGCCGGCGGCCGCAUCAGCAGCAGCAGCAGCAGCAGCAGCCGCAGCCCCAGCAGCCGGCGGAGCUCAGCUCGUGGCCCCUUGCAAGCCCCCUUCCCAAGCUCGUGUUCAACAGGGUCAAUGGAAAGAGACCCCCGUUGAUGAUCUCACCCCCCACCACCACAGAGGAAAAUUACACCGUAGCUCACGAAGAAAAUGUCCGGUUUGUGUACGAAGCUUGGCAACAAGUGGAAGAGCAGCUCCACAGUCAAGAGCAGGGAGAUGUUGGAUCUGGCCCAAUACAAUACACAGAGAAAACACCCAGCCCUGAGCUGAAAGAUUUUGUUCCCAUUGACCUCGAAGACUGGUGGGCUCAACAGUUCCUGGCCGAAAUCAAGAACGGCUCUUAAGGAAGGCAGGAAGGCCCGCUUUACAAGAGAAAUUUUCAAUUUCGCUCUUAAGAAAACGCAGCCGCCUCGGAGUGCGGCGAGAACUGGACGAAUACAGUGGGAGGGGGACCGGUGGGGAGAGAUGCUGGCUGCUCGGCUGGCCUCGGAAAUGCUGAGCCGUUCCACUGCCUGGAAGAAGCCUGCAGAUCAUACAUGGUGGGAAUGCUGGGGUGCCCAGGGAGGGGGGCACGAGGGGGGCAUUCUUCUCCUCCCUUGGGCCUGGCACCCAGCACCGAGUCUAUUUAGGCCCCGGCGCCUAGACUGUGUUCACAAUAAACACGCUGAUCCUGCCAGUGGUACAAAUGCA